AAUAUCAAAAAUUAGAUUACACAAUACACACAAACAAAAAAUAUAUUUGCCAUUGUUGAUAUAAUCGAACAUUUCACAUUCUCGAGAUAGAUAAAGUAAUUAGUAUGGCUUAUGUGUACCUUGUAGACAGUACCACUUGUGACCUAUGAAAUGUCGCAACUCUACAUCGCCAAAAGUAGAAACAUCUUACAAGAUGAAACGAAUGCAAAUGAGAACUUAACGAUUCAUGAAGAAUGGGAGUCUACUAUUCUCUUUAAAAAUGAAAAUAAACAUAAAAGUGAAUACAGAAUUGAGUGUGAGUUCCCUCAGGCAGCUUUAUUGAAGCGUAUUCUACUACCACUUAAUCCAUCACUAGGAGGAGGACAGCAUAAGAUAGCGAAGAUCAAUGUAGCCGAUUAUAUUAACAAUCAAGUUAAAAACCUUUACUAUAUACACAUGGUAUUCGAUAGAAAUGGAAUGAUGAUCCAGUCCAUGAUGAAAGGACAGUCAAUGUAUACUUGCGUCAGAGUUCCUAGAAAAAAACUGCUAAGGUAUAAAAUCACCGGAGUGGAUGGAUCUGAAUAUCGCGAUAAAGUAGAUAUAGUCAUACCAUUGCAAUCGCUGAUGGUGUGCUUGAACAUGUAUGCACAAACUUCUGAACUAGUACUGAUGUGUGACAGUGAUGAUAAACAGGUUGUACUGAGUGGAAAGUGCACAAGCUCCAGUGAGUAUAAGUACGCAACAGAUGCAGGGCAGCCACUGGUGUGCCGAUUGAAUACCCUAAACAUGGGACCGCUGGCACUCCCCUUCGACGGAUCGCACUUUAGUUUCGUUGAUGUGGAUUAUUUUUCCAUAUCGCCACGAUUGUUAUAUCCAUGUCUACACGAUAUCGCAUCAGAUUCUGGCAGCAAUAAGCUAGUGAUGGAGUUACUACCCUUAAAUGAAGAGAACAACAAAUGUGUUUUGGGAUUGGCCUCGGGGCAAUCGUCAAUUGCCGUUGAAUGGGAUUUCAGCUAUGAUGAAAAUGUGUUCGACGAGUACAAUGUGCUGACGCAACAUUUACAUACAUACUCCAUGCGAUGCUGGAUGAGCGUCGCAAAUGGAAUUAAGCUCGCUCAACAAAUGAAGAUUGCUGUCAAGGAAGAUGGCGUGCUCCUCAUACAGAUGUCCAUGAUGGACCCAAUCUCUGAUGGUAUACAAUUCUACUACCAGAUGUACCCACUGCUACAUACAGUUUAGUACUGAAUAUAACGCAGCCUUAUAAAACGUAACAAUUAGGUCGUAUAUAUUAUGACAUAA